AUGGGCGACAAAAUCGACUACCAGUACUUCCUUCCUCACGAACAGGGCAAAAAACACCUGAUUGGUUCCACUCAGGUCACCGUAUACCAGGCUCUCUUUGAAGAUGACAGCAGAGAUGAGGCACACGACUAUCUCUACAUCGGCAAGUUCUUACCGGACUUCUACAUACGCACGUCGGACUUCGACACCCGUCUCAAGAAAAACACUCUCAAAGCGGACUUCAACAAGUCGCAGACGGGCAAGAUCGACUUCUUCCACGUCUGGAAAUCCAACGGCAGUUGGUUCCCCACUCCGACGUCGUUCAUGCACCGUGUCAGCCGGGGGAUGAUCUUCUCGAAGUGGUCGUACAACCAGAAGCGCCUCUGGGGGCGGAUUAUGGACUCUGCCGAAGUCGCAACGCGGCCCAUCCCGUACAACCCCGUCAUGGGCCGCUUUCUGCAGCUCCCCGCGUCUGUCUCCUUCGACCAGUUCGUCGUCUCUCCAACCGCGAGCGCGGACUACCUCUCGCUCGCCGAGCUCGAGGCCGUCGUGGCCGCGCUCCCUGCGCCUCGCCCCCGGGUGCUGUCGUACCGAGAUGCCGAAGCGGACGGGUCCCUCUGCCACGUGGGCUCUGCGUUUCUCGGCGUCUACGAGACUUGGACGUCGUCCACCACCUAUGCGACUGUAUGCGAGGAACAAGACGUCGACCCGCUCAAUAGACCGUGGCCCAUGAGCGGUACGAUGGCCGCUGACAUCGCCCAGCUGUUUGUCGAUCCGAACGACCCCUCACCUGGGCCAGAAGAAGCGGAGGUGACGGCGAGGGUGACGGCUGAGAAGAUCUACGGGGCCCAGGGUCGUCGGAGGCAAGCGAGGAGCCAGGCGGCCGUGAUGAACGGUGUGUCCGCGACGGAGGUCGCCAACAAACUUUGGGGCAGCCCGGGGCACGACAUGGUUGACACUGCGGAGGCACGUACACUUGAUCUGUCGUGGUACGACGUCACUGACAUUAUUUCUCAGUGGCUUCACCGGGUUGCAUUCCGAUUUGGUGGCCUCGGGGACGACAUCAACCCGUUCUCGUCGCAGAACAAGUGCAAUUUGGUCUUCGGGACGAAGGAGUGCAACACCCAUAUGCUCCGCGCCGAGAACGCGAUCACGAAGUUCAUCCUCAAGUGCCCGGAUGCAUCGAGCGGCCUCCUCAUCACGGAGAACAUCCUCGUCGGGACCGUUGACCAUAUGCAAGCAGACGGGAGCGUCGUCGUAGACACGAUCCCUGGCUGGUUCAAGAAGGCGUGGGACGACACCCCCGGAACCAUGUGGUGGCUCUCCAUGCGUCUGAACUACGCAUUUAACAUCGAUCUCAAUCCUCAACAUAUCAACCUCACAAUUAACGCGCGAGUCGAUUUUGAUCCGUUCAGUCGUUACAGACCACUCCUGAAGGAAGUGGAACUCGAUGAACUCGUCCUCGACGUCGUGCUUAACAAGUUCGGUCUUCUUACCGGACCUGCUCCUGCCCCGACCCUCGCAUCACCGCAGAAGAAGGCCUCUACUAUGGCGCUCGCAAUGAUCGACCCACAAACCGCUCGGAAGCUCGACUCAGCACGCGACAUCUACCUCAGCGCGUACCUCAACCAAUCGUUCUCGCUCUCCGAUCACGGUACAUUGCCACCAGCACAACGACAGGGUGCCGCAUCUUCUCGACGCGCCGCUCGGUAUUCCUCUCAGGUCCCUGCCUCGCAAAUCCCAUUGGACGACAGCGGAUUCAACUUACCAGGUCUCACUCUCGUAUCUCCUGCCGUUCCCCCAAUCGGCACGGAUCCGGAGCAAGGGUUCAUACCCGAGUCCAUCCUCCUCAGCGGCGUCACGAUCAGAUCACCAAAGAUCGUGCUACAUCAAGGCGACUCGCCGUCGUCGUCACCUCCCACAUCGCUGAGAGUGAAAAUUGCUUCAGCAGCCCACGAUGAAGCGCAACCUCUUCCUCUUCUCAUCACCGGCGCCGAGCCCCCGCCCAACGGAUUCACGCUCGAGGGCGAAAUCGACCUCUUCGGCAUCCCUACCCUUACUGCCAAGUUCUACACCUGGCAUGGGCCCGUCCCGCGCGAUUCGAAGGUCGAGAAUCCCCUGUAUGAGAUGGCGAUUGUACCCGGGGAUUUCAAGCUCUCGUCUGUCCUCGAUGUCCUCAAAGGCACGCCGUUCGACGCACUCACCUUCCGCGACGCUACGUUCAUGCGCCAAGACAUUGUGUUCGACGCGACAAAGGCGCCCGGAUGGCACGUCGACGUCGACCUCCCCAUCAACUCGGACGCCGGGCUGCUUUACGACGUCCUUCACACCAUGCUCGGCAUCCAAGAGCCUACCAUCCAUCUCCACGCUGGGCUGGGCCUCAGCCACGGAUGGAACGACACGCUCACGGUGCACAGCUUCACGCUCGAAGGCUCCUUGCCUGGGAUCGCGGUCAACAUCUGCGACGGGCUGACGCUGUCGUCCAUCGGCGUUCAGAUCAUGGGCGUCCGUCGUGUCAUCCCUGGCGGUGUCAAGCCGAAGACGAGCAUGGAGUACGGCUUCGGCGUCUUUGGAUCGUUCUCGCUCACGGUCCCGGGGGCCCUUGUGCCGCUCGAGCUCGACUUCCAGAUGCAAAAAAUCGGUGACGUGUUGCGUCUGGCCGCGGUUCUAAAGACAGAAACCUGGGACUCUCCCUUCGGCAUAACAGGCCUGAAGCUGUCGGAGGUGUCGUUCGAAUCGGAUCUUGUCGCCAGCUCUCCCAUGAAGACCUUCUCCUUUUCCGUUUCCGCGGUCUUCGAGUACGGCGUCACCACCGCUUUCUUCAGCGGCUCCUACGCCGCGGGCGGCCAUUUCUCCCUCAGCGCUGCCGUGUCCAAUUUCGACAUCAUCACCAUCAGCGAUAUCUUCGAGUCGCUCACCGGGGAGUCACUCGACCUUCCUGAUAUCGACUUCAAGGUCGGCUCUGCGACAGUGACGGUAGCAUCUGGCGCCGGCCUCCUUAUCGCACUCACCGACGUCGAAGUGGAAGGCCACAUCGCUGCUAAUGCAGUCUUGUCCGUCAAUUCACGAGGGGCUAUGGUUCGCGGAGACGUCACGAGUGCCGACGGAAUCACUUUCGGAGAGGUGGAGCUCAAGAAGGCGUACAUCCAGAUAGACCUGCGAAAAGGGAUGGAGGACUCCGGAGUCAUGCUCGGCGGAGAGAUUUCCUUCGCAUCACUCACCAUCGACGCCCUCGUGCACCUCUACCGCGGCACGGACCAGAGCAUGCAGUGGACCGCAUUCGCGUCCCUGACCACCGACACCCAGGUGCUCGCGAUCUCCAAGAUAGUCCCCGUGCUGCGCGACACUUUCCUCGACCUCGCGCUCACCAAGGUCGUCUUCGUCGCGGCCUCGCAAGACGACCCUCUGGACUCUGACCUCGUCGCCGGCGGCUACCGGAUCCACAAAGGCGUUCAGGUGUGCGCGGUCCUGUCGCCCAUCAAGGAGCUCGACUCCCUCCUGCGCUCGAACACGCCGACGACCGGACUCGUCCUCAGCGCCGGGUGGUCGAAGCAGACGGGCUUCGAGCUCGAGGUACUCAUGCCGACGGACUCGAUCGUCAACUUUGGGAACGGGGUCACGACGGAUCCGUUCGCGCUGCGCAUCAUGUUCGGCGGGAGCGAGCCGACGCUGCAGCUGUCCGCGGGGGUCAACAUCCCGACCCCGCCGGAUGGCGACAAGCUCAAGUUCUCAUUGACGCUCGACAUCAACCUCGUUGGGGCGUCUGCCACAGCGCAGAUGCACGGCAACUGGAGGGACCCGCUCGGGCUCGGGAAGAAGGUCGUAAUCGGGCCUGAUGUGGCGCUGUCGAUCGGUAUCAUAUUCGCCCAGUUUGUGUCGACGGGUACCAUCAGUCAAUUCGGGGUCGCAGGCGGGCUUGCCAUUGGGACUGCAUCGGCCCAAGUGGCCAUGCAGGUGUCUGAGGACCCUAAACAGGAGAUCCUCGUGGGCGAAGUGAAGAAUCUCGAUCUGAACGACAUCGUCUCGUUUGCGAACGUCAUCACCGGACUUGACAUCCCGUCGCCCGACAUGAUCGACUUCCAAGACAUGUCGCUGUACAUCUGCCCGUUCGGCACGAUGAUCGGCACGAUCGUGUACCCGCAAGGCUUCUCGUUCAAGACGACGAUGAUACUGCUCAGCAAAAAGUUCGACGCUGCGUUGGCCGUGGACAGCAGGUGUAUCAUCGGCAAGGGCGGUGUCGACAACUUCGUGCUCGGUCCCCUCUCUGUGCGCGGCACGGACGGCCCGCGUGCGACGGUUGACAUCUUCGUCGACGCACGAGAGCAGCACGUCUUCAUCGACGGUGUAGUCUCCUUCCUCGAUGCCAGCGUGGCGGUCGACAUCAGGAUUUCCAUCCUGCCGAGGCUGGACCUGCACUUCUACAUGGACUUGAAGUUCACCGAUCAAUUCACCUUCACCCUCUCCGCUGGGCUGGACGGAUAUCUCGCGUCGUACACCUCCAUCGAGGGUGCAGACUUCAACUUGGACGCGAUGUUGCAGCAGGACAUCUUGGACUAUGUGCGCGACCGAGUAGACGCUCAGUUCGACAUAUUCCGCAAGAGCGCCGAACAAGGGUUCGAUGACGCGAAGAAGGCGCUGCAAGACGAGGAGGACCUCGCAACUCGGCAGAUUGAUGCGGCGAAAGAAAAGCUGAAAGAGGCUCGAGACGCGUGGAACCGCAAAUAUCAUGAGGUUGUAGACGCCGCUCAGAAGAUCGUCGACGAAUAUCUCAAGGACAUCAGCGACUUAGAGCAGGAUAUCGCCUACGCUCAGAAUGCCUACGACAACGCAAUAAGGGAUGCCGAGAACGCGGUGCAGAAGGCGAACAACGACCGCGAGGCGGCGCUGCGCGACGCGAGAACGGCUUUGGAGAUAGCCAAGAACACAGCAACGGCAAUGAUCAAUAGCGCGAUCGACGCGCUCAAUGUCGUCCAAGACUUCCUGAACCGCAACUUCGGCUACGCCGUGCGCGACAUCGAGGCCGCCCAGGAAAAGGUCGACGGCCUCCAAAGCGACAUCGACGCCUGCCAGGCGCACAUCAACUGGUGCAACGGGCGGCCGUGGUGGGACAUCCCCGCGCACGCCGCGGUCGUCGGGUACUACGCCGAGCUGGCCGGGCUCGAGGUCGCCAAGGACCUCGCCUGGGACCUGCUCGAGGCUGCGAAGGCCGUCGUCCAAGGCGUGGAGUACCUCGCCGCGUCCGGCGCGGUGGAGCUCGCGAAGGAAGCGCUCGCAGCGGCGCGCAAGGCCGCGCAGGAUCUCAUCGACGCCGCGCAAGCCGGGCUCACCGCCGCGGACGAGGAGUCGAAGGAGGCACUUGACGCCGCGGAGGCCGCGCUGGAGGCCGUGCGGUACGGCGUGGAGUACGGCGCGCUGGAGGCCGCGAAAGAGGCCCUCGAGGCGUACAAGAACGCGAACGAGGCGGCGUUCGAUGCCGCGCGCGACGCGAUUGACAUGGUCGAGGACUGCGCCGAGUACGCCGCCUUCGAGGCCGCGCAGGCCAUGCUGGACGCGGCCAAGGCGGCGGCCAAGACGGCGAUCGAGGGCCUGAAGAAGGCGCUCGAACUCGCACAGCAGCUCGAGGAUGUCGCGCUCGAGGUCGGGCAGUGGCUGGCAGACCAGGCACUCGAGCUCGUGGACAUCGAGCGCAUGGAGCUCUCGGGAACUUUGAGAGGAAUGGUCGGCAUGUCGGGGAAAGGAGGGCCAUUCUCAGUGGAUGUGAGGUAUAUCCUCAUGGGAAAGGCCGGCUCCUUCCACGGCACCAUCGAUCUCUCCGACAUCGUGUCGUUCAUCGUGUCGCUUUUCAAUCAGAUGCUCAAGGAGGUCGAAGGAAAGCUGCUCGGCUCCGAUCCAGACAGCCAAUCUGAUCACUCGUUCUCCGACAUAUUCGACAGCAGCCCUACUUGGGGGUCUCGCGACUCCAUCCCCGUCCGAUCCAAGCCAUGGCGCUUCAACCCCCCACCCUCUUCCACUACAUCUCAGAGGGCAUUCCACAACCGCAGUCGCAUCUCCAAGCCGUCAACUGGCCCUGUUGUUCGCACCCUCGGGCGGAAGAAAUCGUCAACGCCGCACCCCGACCCUUUCCGCACCAUGUUUGGGCGCCACGACAAUAUCUAA